CAUCGGAUCCCUGCAUGGCUGCAUCUAAAACAUCUAACAAAUGACCUUAAAGAUACAUUUACCCUUAUUGAGUUUUGCCUAUGUCUUAUGACUUACGCACACAACAAUAAAAGGUUGAAUUUUCAACGAAGGCGUCCAAACCCCAAACCUACGCAUUUUUUCUUUUCCCCAACCAACAGCUCCACUCUUUAUGUUCUUGUAAAUUCUUUUGGCUAAAGUUUCAGCUUUCAGAAUUGAAAAAAAAAAUGAUCAAACAGGUUCUUCUUGUUCUGCUCUUCUUGGCCUCUGGAUUGACCCUCUCAGUCUCAGAGACUGAAUCUGUUUCUCUUCUGCCUCACGCCGCUGAGUCCUUCAAUGUCAGCUAUAUCCAGAUGAAGAACGCCGGGACUUGUUCUUACUUGGUGGUUAUAUCUACUAGCUGUUCGUCUCCUAGGUAUACAAGGGAUCAGAUCAGUAUUUCUUUUGGGGAUGCUUAUGGCAAUCAGAUAUAUGCACCAAGACUGGAUGAUCCAGCUUCAGGUACAUUUGAGAGCUGUUCUUCGGAUACAUUUCAGAUAACUGGUCCGUGUGCAUAUCAGAUAUGUUAUGUGUACCUAUAUAGAUCUGGAUUAGAUGGCUGGAAGCCUGAAAGUGUGAAAAUCAAUAGUUAUAACGGCAGGGCUGUUACUUUCUAUUACAACACAUAUAUCCCCAGAGAUACAUGGUAUGGAUUUAAUUUGUGCAAUGGUGCUUCUUCUUCUUCGUAUCAGGUAUCAAUGCAGAAAUGGCUUAUAUUUAUGGUUCUAGGAUUUGUUCUUAGCUGUUGGUUGUAAGUUUAUGCAAUUUUCAUUUUAUAAUAUUUCACAUACCUUGUAGCCAUGAAACUUAGCACCAUAUGCAGAAGUAGAGACACGCCGGAUGUGUAAAACCCUUGUCAAAAGUUACUUGGCUUUCUUUUUUAAAUUUGUUUUCAGUUUAUGGUGUGUUUAAUGUUUGAACAAGAAGGGCCCCCAAUAGUAUCUGCUGAACCUUUCAUGUUUCAUCUGAGGGAGUAAAAUUGAAAUGAACUUUAAUUUGAAUGGAAGCUAUCGGAGUAAGAGUUGAUUUA